AUGAGUAGGUUUUUUGAUGGGUGGAAUUAUUUUAAAAGUUCUCUUUGUGAAGGUAGAAUCUUGCUGGUUUGGAGGAGUAGUUUGCUUUUUGUUGAUGUUCUUCAAGAGAGUGAUCAAAUUGUUCAUACUGUUAUCAAGGAACAUCAUUCUAAGAGGGUGUACUGUGUGACAUUUUCUUAUGGGCGAAACUUGGUCCAGGAAAGAGCUCAGAUGUGGCUUGACUUAUCUUGCCUUAGUUUCCCUGUUGCUCCCUGGUUGUUGGCUGGAGACUUCAACACUGUGUUUGAGUUUGAGGACGGAAAAGGGGGUCGGCCAGUUACUUAUGCUGAGUUGGUUGAUGCUCAGAGAUGGCGUGGUCAUGGGUUAGCUGAUGAGCUAGGUUCAAUUGGUUCUCAAUAUACUUGGACUAAUAACCAAACAGCUGAUGCUAGGAUUUAUUCCAAAAUAGAUCGAGUCUUUAAAAAUGAGGAGUGGCUUGUCCUCUUUCUUGCUUCAGUGGCUGUCAAACAGUGGGACAUGCUAUCAGAUCACUGCUAUUGCAUUAUUAAGUUGUUUCAGGAGGUCCUCACUGGGUUCAAGCCUUUUAGAUUUUAUAACAUGUGGGUGGAGCAUAAUAAAUUUAAGUCUACUGUUAUGCAAAGUUGGCAAAAACCAGUAGCUGUUGGAGGUUUUACUGGUGUGUUAAUGAAACUUCAGAGACUUAGCCAUGUCUUAAGGAGGUUUAAUAAGUCUGAUUUUGGUGAUAUUGAGAGCAACUUCCAGAUGGCUAAAAUGGUGUAUAACCAGGCCCAAGGUAACCUCCAGCAGGAUCCUUUUUCUUCUGUGUUUCAGGCUGAGGAAAAGCUGGCGCUUGAGGCUCUGAGGAAGGAAAUAAAUAGAAUUGCCUCUUAUGUUUCUGACAAUGGUCAGCUUGUUGAGAAGUAUGAGGAGGUGGUGGAUCAUUUCUUACAUCAUUUUAGAAAUGUUUUGGGCAGUCAAAGUAAGGCUUCGGGUUCUAUCCACAUGGAUUGCUUUGUUCAUGGUAAUAUCCUUUCUUUAGAGCAUCAACUGGCUUUAGUUAAUCCGUUUACCAAGAAGGAUGUUAGAAAUGCUAUGUUUAGCAUAGGAUCUAUAAAGCGUCCGGGACCGGAUGGAUAUGGGUCGGGUUUCUUUCAAGCUAUGUGGAAUGAGAUUGGUGAUGAAGUUUCAGAGGCUGUUUUGGGUUUCUUUCAGCAUGGCAUUCUUCCAAAAAAUCUGAAUAAUGCUUUGUUGUCAUUGAUUCCUAAAAUUGCUAAUCCGACGAAGGCUGUGGAGUAUAGGCCUAUUGCUUGCUGCAAUACUUUGUAUAAGUGUAUUUCUAAGAUGAUGUGUGAGAGACUCAAAAGGGUACUUCCUUUUCUUGUUCAUCAAAAUCAAGGGGCGUUCAUUAAGGAUAGGCUUUUAGCGCAUAACAUUCUUAUUUUUCAGGAUAUCCUUAAGGGUUAUAAAAGAAAACAUAUUUCCCCUAGAUGUGUGAUGAAGGUCGAUCUCAGCAAGGCUUAUGACUCCAUUGAUUGGCAUUUUUUAGAGGCGAUUCUUACUGGUUUUUGUUUCCCGAAGCAAUUUAUUAACUGGAUUUUGGUGUGUUUAAGGGAUGCUUCUUAUUCUAUUUUUCUUAAUGGUAGAGUGCAGGGCUGUUUUACGGGUAGGAGGGGGCUGAAGCAAGGUGAUCCAAUCUCUCCGCUCUUAUUUGUUCUAGUUAUGGAGUUCUUCACUAGGAUGCUUAUUCGAGCUACUCAAAACAGGGAUUUUAAGUUUCACCCUCGGUGCAGGAGAUUGAAUCUGGUGAGCCUUUGCUUUGCGGACGGUCUUGUGAUAUUUUGCAAAGGUCAUAGUGCUUCUGUUCAGAUUAUUAAGCAGUGUUUUAAUGAGUUCAGUGAGGUUUCUAGUUUGACAGCUAAUUUGGACAAGUCCAGAGUUUACUUUGGGGGUUUAACAGAGGUAGAGACUAGGGAUAUUUUAAGAGAUUUGCACUCUGCUGAAGGUGAUUUCCCCUUAAAAUAUCUAGGUGUUCCGCUAAGACCUACAAAGUGGAGGGCGGGGGAUUGCGCUACUAUUAUUCAAAAAAUUCAGCUGAAGCUUUUCCAUUGGUCUAAUCGGCAUCUCUCAUAUGCUGGAAGAGCUCAGCUCAUUCAAUCUGUUCUUUUGGGAAUUAGAUCAUUUUGGAUGAGUAUUUUUCUCCUCCCUAAGAGUGUAAUUAAUGAGAUUGAUAGCCUGUGUAGGAGAUUUCUGUGGGGGACCAGCAAAGGGAAUGAUAACAGAAGUAAGCUCCACCUCAUAGCUUGGAACCAAGUUUGCUUGCCUAAAUGUUUGGGGGGUAUCGGGUUCAAGGAAGGGGCCAAUUGGAAUAUGGUUCUUCUUGCUAAGUAUAUUUGGGCUGUGUCUACUAAACAAGAUAUUCUUUGGGUUAAAUGGAUUGAUUCUGUUUAUCUUAAAGGCCAAUCUUUUUGGGAGUAUAAUAUUCAAUCUGACGUGAGCUGGUAUUGGCGUAAGCUAAUCAAGAUGAGGGCAUUCAUUAGCAAGGAGAUGAUAGAUAAAGCUAUAGUUAACAGCAAAUUUAAAACCAGUAAGAUGUAUUUUCAGCUGAUGAAUAGAGAUAAGGUGCCUUCGGCUUCUGUUAUUUGGUGUAGCUUGUCCUUACCUAAACACAGGUUUAUUCUUUGGCAAGCUUCCUUGAAGCAUCUUUUAACUAGGGACAAUUUAUUGAAGUGCCAUUUGCAGCUGACUUCUUCCCUGUGUCCAAUUUGUGAAGUGCAGCAGGAGUGUCAUGAGCACUUAUUUUUUCAAUGUCAGUUUUCUUAUCAAGUGAGGAAAGGUGUGGCUAACUGGCUGGGAAGUUUGAUUUGGCCUGCUUGUUUCCAGGAUUGGAUUAGGUGGAUGGAGGGGAAGCCGAAGAGUCUUCAGCAGAAGAUAGUUGCUGCUGGGUUAGCUGCUUCUGUGUAUCUGGUUUGGUGGAACAGAAACCAGUGUGUUUUUAACUCCUUUUCGAUGUCUGUUUGCAAGGCUGUUUCUCUGGUUCAAGAUAGUAUUAAGGCUAGAGUUUCUAGUUUGUCUAAGGCUAAGAUGAAGAGCACUGACAUUGUUUUUCUUAGAAGCCUGAAUCUGUUGUAA